UAUAGCGUAUCCACUACAGCUACUUCCCAGCAGCCGCAGGAGAGAGCCCUCUCGAGUGGUUGGCUGCUGUGUGUCCGCCACCGACAGCGCAGGAUCUGGCUGGGUAAGAAGGGAGGCACACCUGCUACCAUGAGCAACCCGUAUGCAUAUCUGGCUGAGCCCCUGGACCCUGAAGAUCCUGAAAACAAAUUCUUUAACUUGCACAAGCUCAAUGACCACAGAUACGAUUCUCUCCCAUUUUCAAUUCGAAUACUGCUGGAAUCUGCAAUUAGAAACUGCGAUGAGUUUUUAGUGAAAAAGGAAGAUGUUGAGAACAUCCUAAACUGGAGUGUCACCCAAUACCAGAAUGUGGAAGUGCCUUUCAAGCCUGCACGAGUCAUCCUACAGGAUUUCACAGGAGUGCCAGCUGUGGUGGACUUUGCUGCCAUGAGAGACGCUGUUAAGAGCCUUGGUGGAGAUCCGGAAAAGAUUAACCCUAUCUGUCCAGCUGACUUGGUCAUUGACCAUUCAAUUCAGGUUGACUUCAACAAAAGGUGCGUAAAAGAGCAGAAUCUGGUCAGUUCGCUGCUCAGCAGGACAAAUGAAAGCCUGAAGCAACUCCAAACUGACAGUAGUGACAGUUUACAGAAGAAUCAAGAUUUGGAGUUUGAAAGAAAUAAAGAGAGAUUUCAGUUUUUGAAGUGGGGCUCACAGGCAUUUAAAAACAUGAGGAUAAUUCCACCCGGGUCAGGAAUAAUUCAUCAAGUGAAUCUAGAACAUCUUGCGAGGGUGGUAUUCAAAUACAAUGCCUUUUACUACCCUGACAGUCUUGUUGGUACCGACUCUCAUACCACAAUGAUUGAUGGCCUUGGAGUCCUAGGCUGGGGAGUGGGUGGCAUUGAAGCUGAAGCAGUGAUGCUGGGUCAGCCAAUCAGCAUGGUUCUUCCAGAAGUCAUUGGGUAUAAGGUGUACGGUGUGCCAAAUCCGCUGGUCACUUCAACUGACAUUGUUUUAACUGUAACCAAGCAUCUGCGACAAGUUGGAGUGGUUGGAAAGUUUGUAGAGUUCUUCGGGCCUGGUGUUGCUGAGCUCUCUAUUGCUGACAGAGCCACUAUAGCAAACAUGUGUCCAGAGUACGGUGCCACUGCUGCCUUUUUUCCAGUUGAUGAUAUCAGCAUACAAUAUUUAAGACAAACGGGAAGAGGUGAGGAAAAGUGCUUAUAUAUUGCAAAGUACCUCAAAGCUGCUGGAAUGUUCAGAAAUUACAGUGAUACAUCUCAAGAUCCUGGUUUUACACAGGUAGUUGAGCUAGAUCUUGGAACAGUAGUUUCUUGUUGCAGUGGCCCCAAACGACCACAGGACAAAGUAGCUGUAUCUGACAUGAAGAAGGAUUUUGAAGCCUGUUUAGGUGCAAAGCAAGGAUUCAAAGGUUUCCAGAUUGCAUCAGAAAAUCAUAAUGCUACAGUUGACUUUGCAUACAGUGAUCAAGAAUUUAAACUGGCUCACGGGUCUGUAGUAAUAGCUGCAAUUACUAGUUGCACCAACACAAGCAACCCUUCUGUUAUGCUGGGCGCAGGACUGCUGGCUCAAAAAGCAGUAGCUGCAGGCCUAAGUGUGAAGCCCUAUGUGAAGACAAGCUUGUCCCCUGGCAGUGGAGUUGUUUCUUACUACCUAAAAGAAAGUGGUGUGAUGCCAUACCUUAGCCAGCUGGGAUUUGAAAUAGUUGGCUAUGGCUGUAUGACUUGCAUUGGAAACAGUGGACCAUUGCCAGAGCAAGUAGUGGAAGCCAUCAUUAAGGGUGAUCUUGUGGCUGUUGGGGUGUUGUCUGGAAACAGGAAUUUUGAAGGACGGGUGCACCCAAAUACCCGGGCCAAUUAUCUGGCUUCACCACUGCUAGUUAUUGCAUAUGCUGUUGCUGGGACCAUAAGGAUAGACUUUGAAAAGGAUCCUCUAGGUGUUAACUCAGAUGGGAAAGAGAUCUUCUUGAGGGACAUUUGGCCCACGAGGCAAGAGAUUCAGGAAGUUGAGCGGAAGUUUGUUAUUCCAGCGAUGUUCAAGGAGGUCUAUGAAAAAAUCGAGAAAGGGAAUGAAUGCUGGAAUUAUUUAAAAGCUCCUAUUGACAGGCUUUAUACCUGGGAUCCCAAGUCAACCUACAUCAAAGCACCUCCUUUCUUUGAUAAUAUAACUCUAGAUCUUCAGCCUCCCAAGUCGAUCAUUGAUGCCUAUGUGCUGUUAAAUUUUGGUGAUUCUGUAACGACAGACCACAUAUCUCCUGCUGGCAAUAUAGCAAGAAACAGCCCAGCUGCACGCUAUUUAACAAGCCGAGGACUCACGCCACGAGAAUUCAAUUCUUACGGGUCUCGCCGUGGCAAUGAUGCAGUUAUGGUCAGAGGCACCUUUGCAAACAUCCGCCUAUUCAACAAAUUCUUGAAUAAGCAGUCUCCGCAGACCAUCCAUCUACCCAGCGGAGAAAUUCUUGAUGUGUUUGAUGCAGCUAAAAGAUACCAGAAGGCUGGUGCUCCUCUCAUUAUUCUGGCUGGGAAAGAAUAUGGGUCUGGUAGCUCCAGAGAUUGGGCAGCAAAGGGACCUUAUCUCCUGGUUCCCCCUCCUGUCACCACUGCAAAAGAUGUCUGCAGCUUAUUCAAAAAGCAAAAUAUUAAAAAAGCUGCAGGCCCAGACCUUUUUUCCUUUUCCACACUCAGACACGGUGCAGAGCAUUUGUCUACAGUAUUUGCAGACAUUUUCAACCAAUCUGUGGAUCUGUGCACUGUUCCUGCCUGCUUAAAGACCUCCACCCUCAUUCCAGUAGCAAAUAAAUCAAUGAUCAUUAUCCUAAAUGACUGCAGACCAAUGGCUUUAAUCUUUGUGGUAAUGAAGACCUUUGAAUGCCUUAUUCUGAAUUUUCUCAAGAAUAGUACAAAAGACUUCCUGAACCCAUUUCAGUUUGUCUACAGAGCCAACCUUUGA